ACAACUAGCCGAAUACAAUGAUACUAUAGGAGAUGUGAGCACUGAAAAACAGUGUCUACAGGCGGUGCUCAGCGUGAACAAUAGAUUGGCAUCUUUCCGAGCUCCGAGUUGCAGAUCCUGAUGUUGGCUCGGCGGAUGUCUCACAAACGUCAGUGGCUAUAUCUCCAACUUCAUCCAGAACUAUUGCUAUCCAGAGUCGAAGGCAAAUCAAAGGACAUCUUCACCGAACUGAUCAUGCAUAUCGCCGGUGUCAUUACUCAGGAAGGGGCUGAUGCGGCUGUACAUGACAUUAUCUUGAAGGAGCUUAUCAAUGGCGUUCUUACGGAGCUCAGGGACGCUGUGGAUUACAGACUGGAUACUGCAUUGGACGAAUGUCAAUUCACCGCACAGCAGCUGCCUUCCUGCUUUCGUUCGGACGAUUGGACGGUAAACCGACCUCUUCUUCGUCAGAUAGCUAGAUCCUUAGACAUAAUAUUGAACGGGAAUUCUCAUGUCACUUUGGUCCUAGGAUCCUUUAUCUUUACUGGAACAGGUUUGUCCAGAGAUAUCAUAACUGAGGCACUCUCGUCAGUUGUCUCGAAACCAGGAUUGACCAUUGAGAUCAAUGCGACAGGAGCGUUUAAUGACGCCACAAGUCAACUCGAAUACAUGAAAGAGCUUUUCCCUCCUGAAAUAUGGCAAGACAAAGAAUUUGAACAGGUACGACGCAGGAUAUUUUACUGGCUACGAGGAAGGUAAGGAAAUAUAGCAUUGAUAUUCGGAACGUAUGUGUUUUGAUCUUUUCGUUCACUUAUGUAGGCACAGGUUCACUGCAGA